GUCUAAUCCAGUUGAUCAAAAUUUCAGGUUGGGGAGAUUUUUACCGCGGCGGGAGCGGCGUUCAAUCGUCUAGGCGAACUGACGAUGCAGCUUCAUCCAUCGUCGGAUUCUCCCACCGGGAGCAAAUGGACAGAUGAAGAAAUCGAUAUGCUCCGCUCGGCGGUGGUGCGUUUCAGCGAAGACCUGAAUCAAGUCAGUCAACGGAUCAAGGGAAGGACCGUGUCACAAAUACGCCAAACACUGAAGAAAAAAGCCUUCGAAGAUGCCGGCGUUCAGAUGAAGCAGCCAGCUCCCGCCCAACUUCCGCCGAUCAUCCCACCUCCGACGCAGACCAUCCUGGUUCAGCAGCAGCAACCGGGCGGCAUUCAACAACCGACGACCAGCGGGACGGACCAGCAGCCUACGUUGAUCGUCAAGCAGGAGGAUCACGAGUCCGGUGGAGCCAGCAGCAGCAACGACGCAGCAGGCACUGGCUACCUGAGCAAACCUUCCGAUAUGAUGAUGACCCUGAAUCGGCUCAACGUGCAAGAAUCGGAAGCCGACGUCGAGGGCCUGGCGUCGUCCGAGGUCAAGCUCGAGUUCGAACCCGGCCCGGAGGAGGUCGCCGGGUGAGAUGAGGUGCCCUUUUACUUUAGUGUCGUCUCCCCGCGGCGGGGUUGAUGUACGAUUUGUACGAUUUAUUUUUCAUCCUGAUUUUCGCGCGAAAGAUAAUUUAUGACAUUCUCAUUUUGAUUUUUUGAAUGAUUUUCUGUUCCAUUGUUUCGGUCCAUUCGGACUACUUUGAUUAUGAUAUGUAAUUUUGGAGCAUUCGUGAGAGGCUCUCGAUCAUGACACGAAAUAGCGAAAGCAAUGAACUGAGAAUAACUAUUGUACCGAGAUGCUCGCCCAAUAAGGGAUGCAUGUAGUAACUUAAUCGAUCGUAACGCGUUGUAACUGACUAUCGGAAACACAUGAUUGUAUGUAAAGUAAUAAAGCUAAUCAAUACACGUCAUAAA